AUGAGUAGUGCAUUUCUUUCAGACUACUAUUUUCACAACUCUGAUGCUAAAUAUGAGUUGAUUCUCACACGCACUAACACCGAUUUAAAUGCUGUACUUCAGACAAACACUACUGAGAAGUUUAAAAUUACCCUUAAAAAAGUCGAGUGGCUGCUACCCUACAUCAAACUAGCCGACAAGCCGAAAAUCCAGCUACUUAACUACAUCGCCAAGGACUCGGCCAUUCCCAUGAGAUUUCGUUCUUGGGAAACGUACGUGUAUCCGAUGCUGCCGUCAACGACGUGGCAUGUCUGGGUGGUCAAGACAUCGACGCAGCUGGAGAAGCCUAGAUACGUCAUAAUGGGAUUCCAAACUGCAAGGAAGAACGAGGCAUUGAAAAAUGCUAGCGAAUUCGAUCAUUUUAGAAUAAGAGAUGUGAAACUCUUUCUCAACUCACAGUGUUACCCCUAUGGGAAUUUAAAUCUAGAUAUUUCCAAUAAUCAAUACGCCAUUCUGUACGAUAUGUAUGUCCAGUUUCAAACAUCCUACUACAACAAGGAAGCCGAACCUCUGCUCUCGAAAAGUGAAUUUAUAAAACGCGCGCCCCUGAUCAUCAUCGAUUGCUCAAAACAAAAUGAAUCAUUGAAAACCGGACCGGUGGACAUCCGGCUGGACUUUGAAGCAAGCGUAGAAUUUCCUCGAAAUACCGCAGCCUACUGUAUGACCUUGCACGAUCGGGUCGUUGAGUACAGUCCGAUUAGUGGCACGGUGAAGAAAUUAGUAUAA